AUGUACGUCUUGCAGACAACAAUAAAGAUCCAGAAGGAUAAAAAUGAAUGUAAGUGUUCUACAAAUCAAGAAUAUCUUACCUGUAGUUCAGCUUGUCGUUCAACACGGGGCGAUCUAUCUUAUCCACUGCCAAAACCACUCAAAUCAUGCGUUCAAAUUUGUGUAGUUGAUUGUUUUUGCAAAGAUGGAUAUUAUCUGAACACUAAGGGUAACUGUGCCGAACCAGAACAAUGUUGCACUGGCAACAACGAAGAAUAUACGACAUGCGGUACAGCAUGUUCAGCAACUUGCGAUAACAAACCUGAAAUGUGUACAAAGCAAUGUGUUUCCGGUUGUUUCUGCAAGUCUGAAUAUGUUCGCAAGGAUAAUAAUUCGAAUAGUCCUUGUGUCAAACGAAGUGAAUACCUGAUUAAAGGAAAAUAA